CCCCGACGCCGGGAUGACGUACCGCAGGCGCGCCUUUAUUUACAUUUUCGAUUAAUCACAGAGUAUACCAAAUCACGUGUUAUGUUACUUAUGCUCACGCUCGUAUCUAGAUUUAUUCAAAUUUGAAUUUUGGCAUGCUGUCAAUAGAGUCAAAAAUGCAUAUAUAGGUACAUCACUAUGCAUUUAAGGGUUCUCAAUGGCAACUUGCAUUGAGAAUUGUCUCAAGAAAAUUUCCAGUAAUUUUACGGACAUUCUGAAAAUGUUUGGAACUUGUACAUUGCUAGUUCGACACCAUUCAUCAGAACCAUAUAAAAUAAGUCACAUUCUGACGGUGAACCUUUAGAAAAUGGUAGACGACCAUGAAAGUAAAGAGAACGUAAAUCCAGUAGAAAAAAAUGUGGUCGCCAUCGAAGCUGCAGCGGAUUCGGACGAGAAGAAAGAUCUCGACAAAAUAAACUCGAUCAAAUCAAACGGACAUGACUUAGUUGCUAAAUAUACUGUUGCUGAUGGUGAUGAGUCACCGGUAGAUCGGGUGAAAUUUGUAGGAAUAGGAGAUGAUGAUAGCAUCUGUUCCGAUGAAUCUAGUGAAGAAGAAAAGCUCCCACCAAUUCCAGACGGGGGAUGGGGCUGGGUAGUUGUAAUAUCAGCGUUUCUAGUCUCUGCCUGUGCCGACGGCUUGGCAUUUUCUUUUGGAUUACUUCACGAAGAAUUCACUAUCUACUUCGAAACUACGCAGUCAAAGACAUCUUUGAUCGGAAGUUUAUUCAUAGCUACUCCACUGCUAGCUGGACCAAUAAUGAGCGCUUUAGUGGAUCGCUAUGGCUGCCGAAUAAUGACGAUGAUAGCUGGAGUGCUAUCAACCGUUGGAUUUCUACUAGCUUCAGUUAGCAAUUCAGUAGAAGUACUUUGUCUAACAUUUGGUUUCCUAAGUGGCCUAGCUAUGGGCAUUUUAUACGUAACUGCUGUCGUAUCAGUGGCUUUCUGGUUCGACAAGCGAAGAAACUUGGCAGUAUCUUUAGCUUCCUGCGGGAUAGGUUUCGGCACAUUGUUAUACUCACCGAUGACGAAUUAUUUUCUAUAUUUGUACGAUUGGAGAAAUACUAUAGUGUUAUUAGCCGGUACUUUGUUAAAUAUGUGUGUCUGCGGAGCUCUGAUGAGAAAUCCUGAAUGGUUGAAGAUUAAAAUGAAGCGUGAAAGGAAAGAGAGGAAAUUAGCAAGGUCAAAAUCUGGAAGAUCGUCCAGUAAUAGCUCUGUAGGCUCUGUGGGAGGAGAGUCGGUAUUCAUAACUGCGGAAGAGAUAAGAGAUUUGAUGAAGAGUGGAAAGAGUCCAGAAUACAUUCUGUCGACUUUGGCUACAACUAUAGCAGAGGCUGAACAGCUCGAAGCUACUACUCAGAUGAAUGCAGAUCAGGCAUUCCAAAGAAGAAUGCAUUCCGCGAUACAUUUACCAACGUUCAUACAACAAAACGAAAAGGUGCCAGCGGAAGUAAUUGAAAAACUAAUGGCCAAUAAGCGUCUAUACAACAUAAUACUCCAGAACUAUCCAGACGUACUGACAAGACGAAAAUCCGAAGUCAAUAUUGUUAUUGAAGCACCGAAAGAUUCUAAAAAUGCUCCAGAGCCAGCUCAAUUACCAGUGACUAUUAAAGUCAAGAAACCUAAGCAUGAAUCGGAAACUAAGAAAUCUGGAGAGAAAAUGAAUGAAGAAAACAAGGCUGAAGAGAAAGUGGGAGCAAGCAGCGCUCUAACAGCGAGUAAUAUUAAGUUAUUGCAAGAAAAGUCUAAGCACAAACCUCAUGCCCACCAUACUCAUACGUCGCAAAAUAUGCCAACCAACUGGUUUGCGAGGCAAAUAUCCACAGAUCAUCAUUAUCUAAGAGAGAUGCACAUGACCAGAAAUACGUUGAUGCAUAGAGGUGCUAUGCUCAACAUACCGAGGUACAAGCUUCGAGCGUCUUCUCUUCCUGACAUUUAUCGGAACUCGAUGUGGUCUCUUGAUUCUGAAUCGGACGAUGAAAUGAUGUGGUAUCACCGCUUCUUCGAGAUCAUGAAGUCCAUGUUCGACUUCCGAAUGUUCACGGAGUUCCACUUCCUAAUGUUUAACCUGGCGUCUCUCAUUCUCUCCGUGUGGUUCAUCGUGCCAUACUUCUUUUUGAAGUCUUAUAUGACAGAGAGUGGUAUUGAGGGCGGUGCUAUGAUGAUUAGUAUCAUUGGUGUCGCUAGCAGCAUUGGCAUUGUCGUCCUCGGCUGGGCAGGCGACCAACCCUGGAUCAAUGUGACCAAGACCUACGCCAUCUGCCUCAUCAUCUGCGGCCUCUCUGUCGCGGCCUACCCUCCUUUCAUCAAGAACUAUUGGGCCUUGACCGUCAUCUCAGCCAUCUUUGGACUGUCAUUCGCCAGUUCUUACUCCUAUACUCCUGCUAUAUUGAUGGAGUUGAUGCCUAUCGACCAUUUCACUGUGGCGUAUGGAUUGAUUCUGUUGAGUCAGGGGAUUGGACAUCUUGUGGGGCCGCCUAUUGGAGGUAUGCUCUAUGACGUCACCGGAACCUGGGACCUCACGUUUUACGUCGGCGGCCUCUGGUUGGUCAUCUCCGGUGUGUGCGUCGGUGUUAUAGCUUACACGAAGGACUUGCGUAUGUGUGGGAGCGCCCCGCUGUUGAAGGAGGCUGAGGAAAAGAGUGAGAGCGGUGUAGAUGUGUAAGAGAGGCCUCUGAUUGGUUAGCUCCUUUGUGUGCGUAGGUGCUACUGCGUAUACGAAGGACUUGCGUAUACGUGGGAGUGCCCCGCUGCUCAAAGAAACUGAGAAAAGUAAGAGCGACGUAUAUGUGUAAAAGAGAUAGACUGUAACUAAGUUCGAAAACACUAUUUUUAUACCGAGUAUUACGUCAUGUAACUCAUGCAUGAGGUUUUUAAAGGUAUAGUCAGGGCAAUUUUAAUGAGGUCUAAGUCAAAAUUAUAGAUAGAAUAAGUGCUAAACCAAUAUAAUACAUUCAUAGCAGGAAAAUAUGACCGUAUGAAGUUAACCUUUGAAGGAGCUUUCCUGAAUAAAGAAACCCUCAGUUCUGAAAAAACGAAAAAGUUUUGUACAGUUUUCAGGUCGCACUGAUGUUUAUAUUUCAAAGAUUUCUAUACAAUAUUUACCUACAUACAAAUUUUACCUAAUGCUGUUGCAAAUAAAUAUGGUAUUUUUAUAAAAUUUUCUCAUUUUAAUUCGUAAGAGAAAUCUCAUAUAAGCAUAACGAUUUAUUGGAAUAUUUUGUAACCGUAUUUAAAUUUAGAUGUUUUUACAAAAAUGUAUAUUGUAUUGUAUUCCAUGUAUGUAUAAAGUGUAAUGUAACAAAUAAUAAAUUAAUAAUUGUAUGUGGCAUAAUCAGUCAGUGACUGCCAUAGUUACAUUAUAAUAAAUCUUUUUUUUAAUCAA